AUGCCCCGUAAGACGAAUCUUAUUCUACUCAUUAUUCUUUUAAAUACUAUAAUACAUAUUGAAGCAUCAGAACUUAAAAAAUUUAUAAAUAAAUUAUCUCGAACAACAGAAAAACUAAAAAAUCAAUUAUUCGAAUUUUUUUAUCGUUUUCGUGCUUUUUUUAUUGGUCAUUCAGAAUCAACACAUAAUUUAAUGACGACAAGAGGUUGUGGAUAUGCUAUUGAUGAUGAACCAAUGAUUUAUAAUAAACAAGCAAAUAUUAGAUCAAAAAUAAAAGGUGGUGAUGAUGCUAUUUGGCAUACAUGGCCAUGGAUGGUUGCAUUAUUUACAAAUCCACGUCAUGGUUGGAGUUGUGCAGGUGUACUUAUUAAUGAAAAUACAAUUUUAACAGCUGCACAUUGUUUAUCACGUACAACAACUAAUGAUUUGAAAGCAAUUAUUGGUGUACAUACUAUACUUGGAAAAUUAAAUCCAUUAAAUUAUUAUUCAAUUAAAUCAAUACAUCAACAUCCAAAUUUUAAUAAUUGUUGUAAAAAUGAUUUAGCUGUAAUUAAAUUAACAAAAUCUGUACUUUUUGGACCGAAAAUAAAUUCUGUUUGUUUACCAUUUCAACAAGAAAUUUCUAUUAGUAAUGAUCAAGAUUUAAUUAAUCGUACAGGUAUUAUUAUUGGAUGGGGUGAAAGUUCACAAAAUACAAUGACAAAUAUUAUUAAAAGUUUUACUUUACAACAAGCUGAUAUACGUAUUUUUGACAAUGCUUAUUGUCGUCGUGCAUAUGAAAAUAUAUUUGAUCCAACAACAGAAAUUUGUGCCGGUGAUUAUGAUCAACGAACAGAUACAAUGAGUGGUGAUUCAGGUGGUCCUUUACUUAUACGUCAAUCUGAUGGUCGUUGGAUUGUUCUUGGUAUAACAUCAUAUGGUUCAGCAAUAACACCACAUAUAGCUCCUGGUGUUUAUGUUAAAUUAUCUGCAUAUGAAGAAUGGCUUGAACCAUAUUUAAAAUCGAAUUAA